AUGAGACAAAUGGAUAAUAAAACAGUGUUUAAUGAGGAGUUCAUUCAUUACCUUAAAUAUGCUAUGGUGGUCUAUAAACGUGAACCAGCUGUGGAGAGGGUAAUAGAAUUUGCAGCAAAGUUUGCUACUUCAUUUCACCAAUCAGAGAUGGAGGAUGACAACGAUGAUGAAGAUGAUGGUGGCAUUUUAAAUGAUUUGUUUACUUUUCUCCUGAAGUCUCAUGAAGCAAAUAGCAAUGCUGUCAGAUUUCGCACGUGCCAGCUAAUAAACAAGCUCUUGGGAAGCAUGCCAGAAAAUGCUCAGAUUGAUGAUGAUCUAUUUGAUAAAAUUAAUGAAGCCAUGCUUGUUAGACUGAAAGAUAAGAUUCCAAAUGUGAGAAUACAGGCAGUCCUGGCUCUUUCCCGACUUCAGGAUCCCAAAAAUGAGGACUGUCCAGUGGUUAAUGCAUAUAUUACAUUGAUUGAAAAUGAUUCCAAUCCAGAAGUUAGGCGAGCAGUGUUAUCAUGCAUUGCACCUUCAGCCAAGACUUUGCCCCAAAUAGUUGGGCGCACCAGGGAUGUGAAAGAGGCUGUCAGAAAACUGGCUUAUCAGGUUUUAGCUGAGAAGGUUCAUAUGAAAGCUAUGUCCAUUGCUCAGAGAGUAAUGCUUCUUCAACAUGGUCUUAAUGACAGAUCAGCUGCUGUGAAACAAGCAACGCAGAAGCAUCUUCUCCAAGGCUGGUUUCGUUUCUCUGAGGGAGAUAUUUUAAUGUUGCUUCAUCGGUUGGAUGUGGAGAAUUCUUCUGAUGUCGCUGUCUCCGUUCUCAAUGCAAUAUUUUCCACGACUCCUUUAAGUGAACUCGUGAGGAUCUGUAGAAACAAUGAUGCCAGGCAGGUGAUCCCUAUGGAAGCGCUGACUCCCGAGAUUGCCUUGUACUGGCGUGUCCUUUGCGAAUAUUUGAAAUCAAAAGGAGAUGAAGGUGAAGAGUUUUUAGAGCAGAUUUUGCCAGAACCUGUGGUGUAUGCAGAGUAUUUACUGAGUUAUAUACAGAGCAUUCCAGUUGUUAACGAUGAACAGAGAGGUGAUAUUGCCUAUAUUGGAAGUUUGAUGACAAAAGAGUUCAUAGGUCAACAGUUGAUUCUAAUUAUUAAGUCUCUGGAUACCAAUGAGGAAGGUGGAAGAAAACGACUGCUGGCUAUCAUGCAAGAGAUUCUAACCUUACCCACAACCCCAAUUUCCCUCGUUUCUUUGCUUGUGGAGAGGCUCCUCUACAUCAUUACAGAUGAUAAUAAGAGGACUCAAGUGGUUACAGAAAUUAUCUCAGAGAUUCGGGCACCCAUUAUUUCUGUUGCUGUUAAUGAGGACUUAGCUGAUGCAAGAAAGAAAGAACUCCAGAUGGCAAAAAUAAAAGUUCAACUUAUUGAGACAAAAGAAGCUUUGGAGAAUUGCAUUGCUGCCCAGGAUUUUAAUAAGGCAUCAAUACUAAAAGAAGAACUAAAAGCUCUAGAAGAUGCCAAAAUCAGCCUAUUGAAAGAGACAGAACAACCUGAAAUUAAAGAAGUCCACAUAGAGAAGAAUGACUCUGAAACGCUGCAGAAAUGUCUUAUUUUGUGUUACGAACUGUUGAAGCAGUUGUCCAUUUCAACAGGGAUCAGUGCAACCAUGAACGGGAUCAUCGAGUCUUUGAUUCUUCCUGGAAUAAUAAGUGUUCAUCCUAUAGUCAGAAAUAUGGCUGUUUUAUGCUUGGGUUGCUGUGGGUUGCAGAACCGGGAUUUCGCAAGUAAACACUUUGUACUGCUGCUGCAGGUUUUGCGAAUUGAUGACGUCACAGUGAAAAUCAGUGCUCUGAAGGCAAUCUUUGACCAACUGAUGGCGUUUGGGAUGGAACCGUUUAAAACUAAAAAGCCCCCAGCUUCUCUAGGUGAAGGCGCAGAAGUGCACAGCGAUGAUGAUGAGCACGUGUCUGAAGAAGCUGAAGUGGAGACAGCGGCCACAAAGAAUGUCCUGAAGCUCCUGUCCGACUUCCUAGGUGACGAGGUGUCUGAACUCCGAACAGGAGCUGCAGAAGGACUAGCCAAGCUGAUGUUCUCUGGGCUUCUGGUCAGCAGCAGGAUUCUGUCUCGUCUGCUCUUGCUGUGGUACAAUCCCGUGACUGAAGAGGACGUUCGGCUUCGCCAUUGCCUUGGUGUCUUCUUCCCCUUGUUUGCCUACGCCAGCAGAGCCAAUCAGGAAUGCUUUGAAGAAGCAUUUCUUCCGACAGUGCAGACACUGGCCAAUGCCCCUGCAUCUUCUCCUUUAGCUGAGAUCGAUAUCACGAAUGUCGCCGAGUUGCUUAUUGACCUGACGAGACCAAGUGGACUAAACCCUCAGGCCAAGAAUUCCCAAGAUUAUCAGGCCUCAACAGUACAUGACAAUUUGGCCGUGAAACUUUGUAAUGAGAUCUUAGCAAGUCCAUGUUCACCAGAAAUCCGGGUCUAUACAAAAGCCUUGAGCUCUCUAGAACUCAGUAGCUGUCUUACGAAAGAUCUUCUGGAUCUACUCAAUGAGAUUCUGGAGCAAGUAAAAGACAGGCUGUGUCUGAGGGCUUUGGAGAAAAUGAAGAUUCAGUUGGAAAAAGGAAAUGGAAAACAAGGGGACCAGACUGCGGCAGUGCAGGAUGGCAGAACGCCAGCUGUCCUUGAGCGUGAACACGAAAAGAAUAAGGAUUUAUACGUGACUCCUCACAGGGCUCAGAAAGCAGUCCGGGCAUCAAAAUCCACCCAGCAGAGGUCCACCAGAGGACGGAGAAGAGUGACUGCUUCGGCUAGGGUGACCAGGAGACGCCCCGCUGCGGAGGCGGACUCUGAGAGUGAUUGUGAAGUUGCUGAACCAGAAUCAGAAAUGAAGAUGAGAUUACCGCGGCGAGCCAAAACCGCAGCACUAGAAAAAAGCAAGCUUAAUCUCGAACAGUUUCUCAACGAAGACAGAAGUUAAGGGAGGUGAUGGAGGUGGAGUUUCUUUUUAAAAAUGUCCUUUUUGCGUUUAAUAAAGUUACCCUUGUGUCAGAAUCAGUA